AAUUAGACUCUCCAAAAAAUUGAAGAUUGAGAAUUCGUAUCAAAAAAGGAUAAUAAACGAUCAAAUUUGCUAAAUUCAAUAAAUCGAUUUCACAAAAUAAAUCCUGUAUUGUCCACAGGUUUCAAAUCAUGUAUCGCCUGCUUAAUAUGUUACUUGUUUAACAAAGAUAUCAAAAGCCAGCUUGAUUAAAUUUAUAUACAUAUACUUAUAUAUAUAAUAUGCCUUUUGCAUCACAUGGAAUUGAUUUGUAUUUAUUUAAUAAAUUUCCUUUUCAAAUCAAAAAGGCAAAGAGGGGUUAAAGAGGCAAUGAUUAAGCAGCCCGGUGUUAAUUCAGUUUAUGGUAAAAUUGUAUUCUUGUUUCUUUAUUUUACGUACUUUCUUUUUCAGAUCAGCUGUUAUCAAACAGUGCACCAUCAGCAUUUUCAAAAAAUCUUUAACAAGAGAGUAAAUUUUGAAGCCCUAAAACCUGAAAAAAUUCAAAUGCUAAUAUGUAUUCAUUGCUGAAUUAAUUAACAAUGAACUACUUCAUUCAUACAUAACAAGAUUUGUAAUCUGUAGUUUCAAAAAUUUUCCUGAUUAGUUUUGAAAAUACCCAGUUAGAGUUUUAACUGUCAUUUAAUUGCGGGUUAGUUACAAUAAUAAUUGAGAAUUGGAAUACUCAAUGAUUUGUUUACUCCAUAAAUCUCUGUUUCUAAGAUCUACUUCAAAUUUCAGAAUCUUUCAGGCAAAAUUUUCAAGCCGCAGGGCUUCUUGUUUUAAUUAUUACGUCACAGCAAAGUCACCAAAACCAGAAUCAAAGACUAUGGUCUCGUUGAUCAAACUACACAAUUUUAAAACAAAUUACAAGCAAGUUUUGUUUCACAUUUCCCGCUGUCAAAUCAAUCCAGCUGUUAGUCAUGAUUGUGAUUUAACAAAGGUACGCCCUCGUUCGUUAAACAUCAAUAGCUAAAGGACACGCAGCUGUUUUGAAGAUCUCAAGAUCCGCCCCUAAAUAAAUCAAGAUAAAAAAAUGUAGAUUCUUAUUUUAACAAUAAAAUGGAAAUUUUAAAUAUUUAAUUGCACACAAUAUCUGCCAGUGUUUUUUUUUAUAAAUAACCCAUAAAUUCUAAAAACCUUAUAACCAAGCUUAAAGUCCCGUGGAAGACUAGAAAAUUAUUUGUAAUCUCAUGCUUGUAAAAUGAUUUGCAACGUUACUGAAGAUUCGCACAAAGAUCUUAGCGACGUUUUUGUCGGUUAUUUCACAUAUGUUAUAUGGUUUAUCUUGUUACCAAUUGUCAUUUUAAAUUCAUUAAUGAUUUUUGUAAUUCUUUCAAACAAAAAUUUACAAAAAAGACGAUCGAAUAAAUUUGCUGUGUCUUUAUUCCUGUCUCACGUUCUCAAUGGAUUCAGCGGUUUCACUGAGGCUGGCAUUGUAAUCAUAACGAAGGAUACAUCCCUGAGCAAAAUAGGAAAAAAUGAAUGGCAGUUUUACUUUUUAAUCUUAUGGGUAGUUAUUACAAGUGCUAUUUUCAUAAAUAUGCUUUUGAUCGUCGUUGACCGUUUUAUGGCUAUUCGAUAUCCUUUCUUUUAUCAAAACACAAACACAAGAACAUUAGUUUCCUACACACUCCUCAUUGGCAACACUCCAUACACUUUGGGUUGCAUUGUUUACGUGAUCAAAGGUCUUUCGCUUGGUACUUUUACAUUUGUGGUGAUAACUCCGGUUGUUCUAUGUUUUGUGGUAUAUGCGAACAGUGUUGUUUAUAUGCAAACAAGAAAACAAUUUAAAGACAUCGUGAAAUUAACAGUUUCAAAUGAUCAUACAGAAAACACAAAGGAACGACAACGAUUAGCGAAGAGACAGUUGCGCUCUUUGUGUAUUUGCUUAUUUUUAAUGUCAUCGUUCUUAAUCGCGUGGCUACCUAUGGUUGGUUUAUUGUUGUAUGGCUACGCCACUGCAGGUUUGCUUUGCAUAGGAGAAAAUCCACCAAUAUUUGUCCUUGCGUGGUGGAGCUUAAACUCCGUGGCAGAUCCAAUUAUUUAUGCAUCAUUCAACAGGGAUGUAAAGAGUAAAUUAAAACAGAUUUCAACAAACUUCAGAAAAUCGAAAUAAAAUUAUCCGGUGCAUAGGAUUUAGGUGUAUCAACCCCUAUUGCCAAUUCUUACGUUGCCAAAAUUUUUUUUUUCUUUAUAGCACCGUAACUAAGAUUUUUUAUAUUGGGUAAACUUACAGAUGUUAGCAUUCAAGGUGGCUCCACCAUACUUAGGGCAAACGAAAUUUUCUUUUUAAAUUUCAACCUUUUAAAGUGGUUAAAACUAAAACGACCUCUUUGCAAUCACUUUUGUAAGAAACCUCACACAUCGCUACAACCAUUCAGCAAAUAAUAAUCAUUUUUGAUAAACAAAAAUGUCCAUUAUUGUAGCGUUUAUUUUCAACUACUUAUCUCUUCUGCUUUAAUUUGAAAAGAGAAAAUUUUCAUUGCCAUUUCAUACAGAUAGUGCAUCGUUUGUGAUUUGCAAGACCAAGCACCUGUCGUUGAAUAAGCAAUUGAACUAAUUAAAGACGAAAGAAAGUCGUUUGAAAGAUGCUUAUCUCAUACUGUGUACGUUUGAAUUAAUACAUUGUAAGGUUUCACCUGGUUUUUAAAUGGGGAUUUUUCCUGUUGUGCAAUCCGAUGUUCCGUAUCGUGUCCUGAACAAAAACAAUUAUAUAUUAUAUAUUAUGUAGAUUUAAUUAAUAAUUGCCAGCAUGAAAUUAUACAGAACUUUGUUGACGGACUACGAUAUUCAUUUAGCCUUAAACAAUAACAAAAGUUUUUUUGACAUAUUAGAGAAUGGCUGAAAACGGUCAUUUUCACAUUAAAAAUAUUGAACAGCAUGACAUAUAUGCUAUAACAUUGUCAAAAAAAAUAUUUGUAAGAGUUCAGAAGAGUAUCUCUCUUUGUAUACUAUUUUCCCAUUCUUUUUUCUCAUUGACUCACUAAUUUUUUCUAAGUACUUGGCGCAAACCUUUCUAAUGCAUACAUUUGCAUUUUUAAAAUGUGUGGUCUACCACAAUCAAUAACGAGAUGCAGUAUACAAGGAUGUUCAGAUCGACCAUAGCAUCUUCGUUAAUGGGGUAUUUCUGCAUACGAGGUUUGUACGCAUUAGAAAAAGUUUGCGUGCAUGUUUAGUACAUGUGAAAACAAGAUUUUGCAGGCUAUCAACUUUUACCCUGUUGCCCCCGUGUUGAUUAACAUAAACCGCUGUUAUGUCCUGCUCUUUUUCGGCAAAAAAUAAACCUGCCUAUUAACUAGACAAUUUAAAAAACAUCUCGAGAUGUUUUAGCCUGCGUAUAGGCUACAUCGAACAUUUCUGUAAAUUCAGAUAAUGGCAUUGUCACUGCCAUAUAUGCAUACAAACAAGAUCACUAUUAUUUAUUUGGACUGUGUCGAAUUUGGCGCAGGUUUGGUGACUGCUGCAGCUUUUUGUUGCCAAUAUUACCUUGCGUUUGUAUAUCCAAACCCUUGUCCACACACCAUUUAAACUCAUCGAACUUUUUACCACGCAUUGUUUAGCUUCAUUUUUUCACCUCGUCCUAACUUUUAGGCCAGUUUUAUCCAAUGU